AAGAAAUAUAUGGACUAUGGAGUGGGGGUGAGGCGGAAAGAGAUGGCGCUCCAGAGUGGCACGCUCGUGCCGUUGCUAUUUCCGAAGCACAGUUCAGGCGCCAUGGCACAUGCACAAGAAAUUCGGGUCUGUACCAACCGCACUUGCCGCAAACAGGGAUCUUUUCAGACCCUCGAAACCCUCUCUGCCCUCGCACCUCCCAACCUCGCCGUCAACUCCUGCGGCUGCUUGGGCCGCUGCGGCGCCGGCCCUAACUUGGCAAUCCUCCCCGAUGGCUUCAUCGUCGGCCAUUGCGGCACACCGGCUCAGGCGGCUCAGCUCGUGGCCACCUUGUUUUCCAGAGAUGAUGCCGAUGCCACGAGCAGUUUGGAGGCCCUGGCUUUGAGGAAGAGAGCCGAGAUUGAGUUCCAGAAUCGAAAUUUGAGUGAAGCUGAGUUGCUUCUCUCACAGGCUAUAGAUUCAGAACCCUUUGGUGGCAUGCAUGUCCUCUUUAAAUGCAGGUCAGUUGUAAGGUUGGAAUUGGGCAACUACCGUGGGGCCCUUCAAGAUGCUAGGGAGGCUUUGAACUUAGCUCCUCGCUAUUCUGAGGCUUAUAUUUGCCAAGGUGAUGCCUUCUUGGCAUUGAAUGAAUUCGAAUCAGCAGAACAAUCAUAUUUAGCUUCUUUAGACAUAGAUCCUUUGAUCCGUCGCUCUAAAUCAUUCAAGGCCCGAAUAUUAAAGCUUCAGGAAAAGGUUGCUGCUGUUAAUACGUCAUAAGAUUUGUGUUGUGAAUAAAGAUCCAGUCAAUUCUGAUAUCGUGAUCAUGUACAUUCGAUUAUUUUAUAUACUUUCUCCAGGUAUGAAAAGGAGCCUUUUCUGUUGUUCAGUGUGUUAUAUUAGGCAUGAUAGGGUAAUAUAGUAUUAUGUGCUAUGUUCUUGUACCCUUUUACAUUAAUUAGUUUUGGUGUACUAUCAAUGUAAGAGUUUUAUCCUGUUAUCAAGUUAAUCAGUUUUGCUAA